CCGGACACCGCCGCGCCAUCGCCAGUGUUGUGGUAGGUUCCACCGAGCGCGGUCGUGUCGCGCAACCUUCACUAGCUAUCGCGACUCCGCAGCGGCGGGCACGUGUAGUAGCACUAACAAACUGUUAAAACUGUAGUUUCUAUAUCGAUCACAAACAUUAUUACUACAAACCUUCGGACAAUAUUUCAAGUGGUGACAAUAAAUGCAUUCGUGAAGUUGGUGUGAGAUGGCCUUAUCGCUGCAGUCGAGUCAAAACUCCCGAGGUGUAUCGGUAAGGUCGCUGACAAGUAUGCGUCAGGAGUCUCUGCCGAUGCUGGCGGAGCGGCUGCUGGCCAGCCGCGCGGCGGCGCUGGUGGCGGGGCUGCCGGCCGAGCUGUACUCGGGCGCGCUGCUGGCCGCCUGGCCGCCGUCGCCGCCCGCGCCGCUGCUGCCGCCGCCCGCGCCCGAGCUGGAGCGCGCCCGCAAGCGUCGCCGCACGCCCAAGCUCGACGACUGCUCCCCGGCCGCGCCGCCCUCGCCGCCCUCGUCGGGCUCGUCCCCGGGCGCCGCCGACCCGCCGCGAGACAAGCUCUUCACGUGUAAAGUCUGCUCGAGGUCGUUCGGCUACAAGCACGUCCUCCAGAACCACGAGCGGACCCACACCGGCGAAAAGCCGUUCGAGUGCGGCGAGUGCCACAAGCGGUUCACGCGCGACCACCACCUGAAGACGCACCUGCGCCUGCACACGGGCGAGAAGCCGUACAGCUGUCCGCACUGCCCGCGCCACUUCGUGCAGGUCGCCAACCUGCGGCGGCAUCUGCGCGUGCACACGGGCGAACGGCCCUACGCGUGCGCGCGCUGCCCGGCGCGCUUCUCCGACUCCAACCAGCUGAAGGCGCAUGCGCUGGUGCACGAGGGCGACGCGCCCUUCGCGUGCCGCUGCGGCGCCCGCUUCCGGCGGCGGCAGGCGGCGGCGCUGCACCGCUGCGCGGGCGGCGGCUGCGAGCCCGACGCGCCCAGCCCGCCCGCCGCCGUGGCGCCCGACUGGCGCUGGGACGAGUGGCCCGAGCAGACGGAGCCCGAAGACCUGUCGCUGCCGCGCAGGCCCGCCACGCCGGACUCGCCGACCGACCUGCGCGUGCACGCGGCGUAGUGGACGCGAGCGGCGGGCCGCGCGCCGCGCGACGCUGAGCCGGUAUACGAGUUCCUCCCGAGUAGAGCCGCGCCGCCGACGCAGUACUUCCGCGCUCUCUCGCCCGCUCUUCCUCGAAUAUUCCAUUAUUGAUAACGCAAAAGCUCCAUUGCGCACGAUCUGUAGCCAGUAUUGUUUUUGAGAAAAUUGUAACGGUCGCUUUUUUGUCACUCAUUUCUGGGUAAGACUACCGACGUAGUCUCGUUAGGUAGUCGCAUUUUACAAUAACUUUUUACGACUGCGAAUUUGCAAUAUUUCGUAUAAAAAAUGCACCUUUCAUCCAUGUUACAGUUUAGAAGUUUAUUGUCGAACCAUUUGCAUAAUCGCAGGUCGAAUUAUUGCAAAAACGAGACCAUUUUUUGUUCUUUUGUUUCGCAAAAUAGAAAGAACAUGUUGCACAAAAGAUAUUCUUUGAUUUAUAAUGUUUUUGUUCUCGUUGAGAUAGAAAAACGCGUUCGACAUUUAUUGAUCUCGAAUCGAUGUCCUCCCUCACGCUCGGCGAGCGCUAACCGGAAUACGGCCGAGGCGGAGAAGGCCGCGACAUUGCCUCAUUAUUUCAGCUACAAUGGCUAGUUAACAAUCGCUGAUUAUUAUUAUGUAUCGAUUCGCUCGGCAGCUCCGCCGGCAGCCCCGCAACAAAGACGUCACCAUUGUCGCGCCCUCAUCCACCGCGCCUCACUUACCUUACAAACACUACUUGAUUACCCUUAUUUUUGGAAAGGCUUCAAUUUUUUCAUUUUUUGUAUCAAUUCAAUAUUUUUACAAGUAUUUAUUUGUUCUGUAACAAAAGUAGACCGUUUGUGUAACUGAUAUUUCCUUGACGCUGCCUCCAUAGGGGAGUGUUAUCAGAAAUCAAGGGCGCAUUAGCCGGAGUGAUUACUGCGUUACUUUUGAAUGGAAGUCAGUAGAGUAGGAGCGAGCGAGAUGCGUGGAGCGGGAAUAUGUCGAAUGAGCGCGGCAAGCUUCUGUAAAUAAUGCUGUCUCUAUAAAAUUAUUUAUUAUUUAUCCGUUAGUUUCUAGGGGUUUACAUAUAGAUUAUUUUAGAUGUCGUGGAAGCGAUUAUUAUAUUGUUAAUGUCGUAUGUAUAUUUAUGAAGAUGUUGUUUAGUUUGUGUCUGACUUGACCGGCUAACAGCUGUUGUAACUCUAUUCAUCAUCGUGUCGAAUUUAAGGUGUUAUGAUCUAACUAAUAUUAUACAUUACGUUGAGAUGGGCCAUCUAUGUUGUGAAUUAUUCAAUUUGUUAGGGAGAAAUUUCUUAGAUUAAAUGUCAAAGUAUUUAAAUUAUAAGAUAAUGCUGUAUAUAAAAUGAGAGGAUUAAUUCACUGUACAGAUGGCCCGCGCAGGGGAGACACUGCGACUUCUUUACGAUAGUGCGUAUCAAACGCAUUAAGUCAGCCACUGACGAUCAAGUAAGCUCACAUGCCUGCAGCGCUAACGGCUUGACAGCCGAUAAAACUAAUCGUGUGUUGGUCG